UGAUCAUGAGAGUAGUCUAAAUAUAGUAAUAUUGUAUCGCGGAAAAUGUAUUUCCCCCCGGAAAUAUGGGACCAUAUAUUUUUAUACGCCGAUCCGGUGACGCUCACAAAUUUGAAAACAGUUUGUCAACACUGGAAUAAAAGUAUUGAUAAAAUCUUGAAGCAAAAUGACCAUUGGUACAGAAAAUGUAAAACAGAAAUUCCAGAAUAUUUUUGGAGCACUUUCUGCAAGACAUUGAAUCCAAAGAAAUAUUACACUAAGUUUCAUGAGAAACAUGAUGCUGAAAUGUGGAUGGCAUUAUACAAAUUGUGGAUUACAUGUAAAAAUACAAUGAACUGGAAUACAGAAAAUGUAUGUAUUGAACCAUUGCGAAGACAACAUCAUGCAGGACAGAUUACAUGUGUAGAAACUUCAGGAAACUUAAUAGCAAUAGGAACAAGUGAAGGAUACAUUUAUUUCUACGAUAUGUGUGCUUUACAAAAGGGCCCAGUAUACGUAGCUGAUCAUAUGGAAUAUAUAAAUACUGUACAAUUUAUCACAGAUGAAACAAGUAUUAUUUGUGUCUCCCGUUCUGUAAAUGGUCACAUAAGUUUUUGGGAUGUUAGAUUAAAGAAAUUAAUUGAAAAAGCAAGGGGAGACUUGAUUUGUACAAGUUACAGUUAUUGUUAUACUGCUGCAUAUAACCGGAUAGUUAUUGAAGGAUCAAUACCUAGAACGGUAUAUGAAUUUGAUACAGAUAAUAUUAUUGCUAUCGGAGCAGAUAAUGAGGAGGUACUUUUUUAUACGCAAGAAGGACACUUUGUACAUUUAAGUUUGAACACGCCGAGUGGGAAUUAUCUAAAUUGGACGUCCAUUAAACCGCCAAAUAUAAAAAUUCGUCAUUAUUACAUAUUUAAACCUGAUGCAGUUGUCUGUAUUACAGACAAUGGAUAUUUAGGUUUCUUGGUGAAAGGUAAGGAAUGGAUAGUGCAUAAUCUGUUCCCAAUUUUACAUGGCACUCCGACUACAGUUUUAGUAUACGCUAACGUGCUCAUCGUCGGCUUAGAUUGUGGCAACGUUCAUGUAUAUUACAUAAAUGAUUUUGAAACGAUAAAUUUCAAUACUAUUAGUUCUAAAAAAUUUACUCUUGAUUACACAGCAGUCAUAUCAUUGAAUAUACUUGUUCAAGUUGAAGCGUAUUUAAUAAUUUCUUACAUAAAGAAGGUUUGUAUCGUGAAAUUAAAUUAA